CUUAAACAUGCAUUCAAGAUUUUGCUUUAGUCUGUCUGUCAUCUUCGCAUUAAUGAUUGUAUGCGAUCCAAAGAAGAUUUUCGACUUUUUGGAAUUAUCUGAAAUACCAGAAAUACAAAAUCCUUUUGUAUGCGGAUCGGUUAACCAGUGUCGUGGAUGCGAACACUGUGAUGAUAUGUGUCGAUUUUAUAAUAAUAAUUGCUGCAAAGGAAACAGCACACAAUUGGUACCAAGUCUCGAGAAAUGGCAAUAUUCUUGUAUUAGGACUUUUCCUGAUAUGGAGACGACGGGAUUAGACUGUUGGAAUACUGGUCAGGAUGUUCAAGGUGUAUUCAUGGUUGCAAAAUGUUCAAAGUACUGGACAGAUAGUGAGCAAAUAUUCAACUGUGAAGAGAACUUUGACUCACUUUUGUCAAGAAUACCUGUAUAUGAAAACAACAGUGGUCAUAUCACUUACAAAAAUAUAUAUUGUGCUCUUUCCACACUUUGUCUUUACUUAUGUUUGAAACAACUCUGUAAUUACCACGGAAAUAUCAUGAUGAACCUAAUGGUUUCAUUGUUUUGCGCACAGUUAUCUUUCCUUGUUUCAUUCUCCUUUCGAAAUAUUAAGACAGCAUGUAUCACAUUUGGAAUUUCUACACAUUAUUUUUUCCUUGCAGCAUUUUGUUCAAUGAAUGCUGUUGGGUUUGAUUCAUUUAAAACUUUCUCAAAUCUAUUAGUACAAGGCUCCCGCGGUACACCUGUCCUGUUAGGUAUAUUGUAUUGCUGGAUGGCUCCCUUUGUUUUUGUUGUGCCCGCUGUAAUUCUUGAUUUCGCCGACUUGUCUGAAAGUCCUUACAGACCACAAUAUGGAAAUGGUUCUUGUUGGAUAAAUUCUUCAAAGGGUUUGUUGACUUUCGUUUUCAUUCCUUUAGCCGUUUUCAAACUGAUGGAUAUUUUGCUGUAUGCAGUUACAGCUGUAAAUAUAGCAAACGCCAUUCGGCAAGGUUCAGUUCUAAAGAAAACCCAGAACAAAUGUACAUUUUUAAUCAAUCUGAAACUGGCUCUAAUCAUGGGUCUGACGUGGCUGUUUUCAUUUCUAGCAACUUCACUUGACAGUUCUUUUCUUUAGUACUUAUUCAUUCUGUGUAAUUCCCUGCAAGGUCUGUUCAUUUUCUUAAGUUUGACCUGCACAAGUAAUGUCUGUAACGUAAUAAGAAAGAAAAGACAGAAUGUGUUUACAGAUAGUAGAAAUAAAUUGCCUUCAAACUCGACUAAACUUCAUGAUCUGUCUGACCGACGAGAUUAAAUGUGUUAUUUAAUGUUUUUAAUUUAAAACAAUUUUCACUGCACAUGUGUAUAUAUAUAUAUAAAUUUAGACCAUUUUUAAAAAGUAUAUGCUAGCACCUUGGUUAUACAGAAAAAAACACACCAGUAAUAAUAAAACUUUUAUUUCGAAACCUUUUCUGCAAAUACAAUUGUGAUUAUGUGUGUAUAAGUACUGUACAUAACCCGCCCGCUUAGCUCAGUAGGGAGAGCGUAGCGGGGUUGUGAAUUUGAUCCCCGGGCGAGGCAUAUGUUCUCUGUGACGAUUUGAUAAAAGACAUUGUUUCUGAAAUCAUUCGUCCUUCACCUCUGAUUCAUCUGGGGAAGUUGGCAGUUACUUGCGAAGAACAGUUUUGUAUUGGUACAGAAUCCAGGAAUAUCGGUUAGGUUAACUGCCCGCCGUAACAUUACUGAAAUACUGUUGAAAAACGGCGUUAAACCUAAAACAAACAAACAAAAGCACUGUACAUUGUUCACAUUUAACUAAAACCGUGUUGUUUUCUUUCGGCAUGUAUAUCACUGGCUAAAUAUCGAUGAGCUGCAAAGUAGCCUAUUACCUAGCACGGCCAAAUUUUCCUAGAUAACUUAACCGACCCCUCUCUACACAAACAACGUUUUCAUAAGUAAAAAAGGGCAUGCAUAUACGUUGAAAUUAUGUAAUAAAACUAAAAAACACUUGACGUUUGACGUCAUUUGUGAUCCGGAUUUUAGCAAUGAUUAAAGAACAGAAAAAUCAGUACUGACAGAGAAGUUAUUGUUGUUUUGAAAAUCAAAAAUCUUAGUUGUAUCGACAGUCUACUCCGAUUUCAAUGUUCUAUAUAAAAUCGUAUAGAUCAUUUGUAAAAAUGGGAACCGGCUUACGGAACGUCGGUGGUUCUACCCAGAUGCCCGCCCGUGAUGAAAUAAUGCACGUAGGAGCACCUAGGGUCUUCCGCAACUAUCAAAUCUGGAACGUCGCCAUAUGACAUAUAAUUGCAUCGGUGCGACGUUAAACUCAACAAAACAUUUGAAAAAAAUACUAGUGUGUAACAUGUUUUGUUAAAAUAUUUCAUUAUUAUGAAAGCAGUUAAUGUUGUGGCUUAAUGUAUCAUUAUCAUUUUAGAGUUUAAUUAGAAAAUGCUUUUUUAAAAAGCUGUGAAAUAAACAAAAAUUUCAAGUUGGAAAAAGUGCAGACAUUUUGGAUAGUGUUGCGUAAUCGAUUUUUUUUAUUCUUUUCAUGUAUAAUUAUAUUUACAAACAUGUGCUGUUUUGUGCAGUAUGUUAUGUCUGAGUAUUUAUUUGUUUGUCACUUUUGUAUAUUUUGACUAUUUUAAGCAAUUCUUAAGAGAGUUCAGAGUUUGAAUUAGUUUGUCAAUUUUUGUAUAUUUUGACUCUUUUUGCAAUUCUUGAGAGAGUUUGAGUUAGCUUUUUCACUUUUUGUAUAUUUUGACUAUUUUUUACAAUUCUUGAGAGAGUUCAGAGUUAGAAUUAAAUUGUCAUUUUCGCAGAUUUUGACAAUUUCAUGCAAUUCUUGAAAGUGUUCCGAGUUUGAAAUUAGUUUGUCACUUUUCUAUGUUUUGACUUUCUUGUAAUCUUGAUAGAGUUUGAAUUAGUUUUGUCACUUUUUGUUCAUUUUGACUACUUUUUUACAAUUCUUGAGAGAGUUCAGAGUUUGAAUGAGUUUGUCACUUUUUGUAUAUUUUGACUAUUUUCGCAAUUCUUGAGAGAGUUCAGAGUUAGAAUUAUAUUGUCACUUUUUCAUAUUUUG